CCCUAAGACUGUUCCGUGAUAAAUAUAGAGAAAUGGAUACCCUAGAAGAAUGUCUCUCAUUAUGGAUAUCUAUACCUUCUGCCUUCUUUUCCGUGUGGUUAAAUUGCUUAUGUAUCUUAUUUCCCAGCGCAUGCUGUACUAUACAUCAUGGUGGGAAAACGUGCAGCAUAUGCGCAAUUAGAUGAAAAGGCCUGGGAGACUGUCUUCUCUGAAGAGACAAGGCGCCGGCUGGUACACUAUCGUCAGCGUGGAUGGCUUUCACCACAAUACAAAGAAACAACAUGGAUCAAUAUAGGAGUGAUUGAGCGUUCUUGGCGUCGGUACUGUGAACAUGUCAAGGAGGAUUACGAGAAGUAUCUUCUCUGAGCAGAAAUCGCAGUCUAUCAGACUUUCUUUGACUGGCUUCAGAGAUGAGUCAUAGAGGGUUUAGACCAAUACAAAGAAUUGGAGACAUAUAAAACAUAUUGGAAGUGGCUCUGCCAAUAUUACUCCUUCUUUAAGCAGAAAGGAUUCGAUAAUGAGGUUUAUCAGCAAAUGGAGAGGUGGUUCAAACAUGAAUUCCAGGUCGAACGCAAGGGCGAAGUGAGCAAUAAAGCCAAAGACAAGCCUACCACAGAUGUUGUAGUCUUCUCUGUGCUCAUGCGCCAUCAUUGGAUGUUCUCCACCCAUUUCCCUCACGGCAACGAUCAGGUUCAGUUUGCAACCCUGAAAAUGUGGCUAGCAAUAACUGGCUCACGACCCGGUGUGAUUUUACCAAAGGACCCUCAGACAGCGAAACCCAAGGCGGCCUCCGAUGGAUUCAAGAGUGAUCUUCCGCGAUAUACAUCUUUGAGCAGUCUGCCAAAAACUGUAUUGUGGAAAGACAUCGAACUAUUUCUUCUACCUAUACCCAAUGGGAGUAUCCCGUGUGCAAUCAUCGAUUUUCGAAACUUGAAAGGCAAGCCGGAGGGCGCAGAGGGGACUAGAUUCUUUGUUCAUGGCGAUUACAAGCUGGUAUACUGCCCCAUCGCCCAGAUAGUAGCGCUGGCAUUUCGAGAUGAGGCCUUUCAAAAUGAGCAUCUCACGCCGAAACUGUUCUGGAGCUUGAGAGUCCCCCGCCAUAGGGGAUCUCUCCCAUUUCGAUGGAAGGACAAGGUGCUAAACAAACCUGUGCUUCGAUGUAUGAAAACGGACGAUGCCGGCUUGCACUCCAUUGAUGAAAAGCAAUCAAUGUCGUACAGCGUGGCCAAUAAAGCCAACACAGCACUUGUUCGGGAUGCGGGCUUCAUGGACAUGUCCUUCUAUGCUGAUAGACGCUGGGUGGCUAAUACAGCAAACGAUAAGUUCACCAAGGCGGAGCGGAAAAGAAUUCUUGGUCAUAACGGUUCAAAUGUUUACGAAAAAAAUUAUCACGAUCACAAUGUAAAGCGGGAUAUGCAAUUUUUUGUCCUCUUACGACCCCACCACAACGAAGUGCUUGAGCUAGCCAUGAGCCAGAUGAGACACCGGGACACACGAGCACCUGGCAGCAGAGCUUCGGACACCGUGAAAAGAGCAGUACGCGAGCAUCCUACGAUCCUGAGACUGAGACAGCGACAAGGAGCACUAAAGGAACAAAUAAUAUCAGUGGCUGGAAAAGUGCAAAGAGGGCAAAGCAUCUGCCCAGAUCUUUAUCAGCAGUAUCUUUCAGUCAAAAAAGAACUGCCUAGCAAGAGAAACACUCUCACGAGGCAGUUACACAAGAAGGAGAGAGAUGACUUUUUUCUUAAUAUUGGUGCAGAAGAGGUGGACAAGGAGAUUUUACGAUUACUUGCGGGAGAGGAGUAUGAUGAUUCUCAUGUUGAUGAGAGUGAAGAGCCAGUUCCGAAGCACUUUUCAAGUGAACGAAAACGACUUAUUGAUUCAUUCUAUGGUCCUGAAUCAGAAACCUUUGACGGUGAGCAGCUGCGCAAGAGACAAAUUCAAGUUACCGAGGAUCUUAUAGCUCUCUGCAGGCUCUCCGAGCCUUCGCAAAGGGGAAAGAGAUUCAACUAGGACCCAGACAGCAGAGGAUCCCAUGACAAUAUCAGCUUAACCACGCAAUCUGGACUUCUCGAGGUGCCCACUCAAUAUUGCAUUCUUUGUUAUGGAAAGUCGAUGGCACAGCAGGGUAAAGCGUCGCAUAAAUUCCGGGACAUUGCUUCAGUGAGGCGGCAUCUUCAGCAAACACAUUUCGCAAAAUCUUCUGGUCAGUUACCAUGCACCUGUGACGGUUGUGAGCCACAACCUUUCCCAGAUGAGUUGUCUUUCCUACACCACGCCAGGAUGACACAUGCCUAUGAUCUCGACAAACGCUCGCAGCGCACUAAACGGCUUCAACAUCAAAAACGAGAGAAGUUAAAAUGAGAGCAGCCAGCAGGAGAUGGACUUGAGUCUGGGAAGCAGUUGAAACUCUCUGUGAACAAAAUCUCACUGAAGAACAUUGAUCCUCAACUGCUUAUGUGUUCUCCAUAAAUAAUUUUCCUAUCAGUUUGCAAAGAUCAUGACAAUAUAGCAUGCAGCUUCUUAUUAUAUUCUUGCUAACUUUGUAUGCUAGAAAGACAUCAAAAAACUUUAGACAUUUGUGAACUUGCAAAGAUAACUCCACAGCUGAGAUCACAAUGAUAUGCAAAGAGCUCCUUGUCCUAACUAGGCCUAUGACAACUUCCCAGCACAGCUUGGGCCUACCAUUUCUGCAUGGCCAGGUUUCAUUGACUACCAAUAAGAACUCUUGAAGAAUGGGACAGCUGAAGCUGCGUCGCUGCCUUCCCCGCCCUCCCCGCCCCGGUAUAUAUAUCGGCUCCCUCCCGCCUUGAAUCCAUCUUUCUUUCAAUUCCUUUUCCACUUCCCAUCCUACCACUGCAAGAUUAAGACCUAUCGAGGGGCAUACAUAGUCCAAGGCGACAGAGUGAACAUAAAAGAGCAUGUU